AUGUUCCAGCCCGAGCCCGCGGCGUACAUCCAGGUGUCAACCGGGUACGCCAUCCCGCACAGCGUGUCCGAUUACACGUUCGAGGAAACGCCAUUGCGCCUGAACGACGGGCGAGGUUCCGGUGCGCUGGGAACAGGCCCCAGUGGUGCAAAUGCCCUGCUCUACGCGCCGAUGCUCAGUGCUCCUGCCGGUAAUCGUGUGCAAGUCGGCCCCGCACCUUCUUCACCCGGCUCCUUCAACUUCAACCCCACCUCACUAUCCGCCGCACCCUCGACAGUGCCCGCACCCUCUCACCAGCCAGCCCCAUUGCCCAUCCUGCUCAAGAUGGAAUCAAGCGCAGACGAGCUUGUCGCCCAGGAGGCGGCUGCAAGGGAAUACCAGCCGCAGCUUGAGGGACCGCUUGUCGGCAAGAAAACGCCGAGCACAGCAAUCACCGAAGAAUAUGCCAAGGCGGACCCGAUUUAUGUCCAGAAGACAAUGAUGUUGCCCCAAACGUACACGCACUAUCGUCAAAUCCAAGGAGAUGGUAACUGUGGCUGGAGGGCAAUUGGAUUCGGCUAUUUCGAGACGCUGAUCAAGACUGGCAGCAAGGCCCGGGUUGAUGCUGAGAAGGAACGGAUGCAGGCUCUCAACGCCUACAUUGAGACCGCUGGGGGUGUGCCGGCCUAUGUGUUCCAGGACUUCGCUGACGAGACGUCGUCGCUCCUCGAGAAAAUGUCCGAGAUGAUUGGCAACCCGGAGCGGGCAGCCGAGGAACUUCUGGAGGCCUUCAACACGCCCGACGUCUCAAACUCGAUCAUGUACCACUUCAGGCUGAUGGCGAGCGCGUACCUUAAAGGCCAUCGUGCCACCUAUGGCGACUUUAUUAGCACCGGCACGGGUGUCGAUGGGUACUGCCAGGCAGUUCUCGAACGACACGGCGUCGAGAUCGACCAUCUCGGGCUUGAGCUCCUGGUGAACGUACUCCUCAAACCCAUUGACUUCGUUUUGGAAGUGGCCUAUCUCGAUCGGAGCCCGGGCUCCGAGGUCAACAUUUAUCGUUUCCCUAAGGAGGCAAACAGCCAGCUCGCCUCGGACCUAGGGCCCACCAUCCACCUCCUUUACCGUCCGGAUCACUACGACAUCCUUUAUCCGCCCGAACCUGUCUCCCUGCAGGUCCACCGCGUGACGAGCUUGUCGCAGAGCUACGAGAUCGCCAGCACUCCCGCGGCUCUGCACAGCUAUGCCCAACUCAACUUGCAGCCGCUAGCCUUUAUUCCUGGAUUCGAUGCCUCGCCUGCGGGACUGGCCCCCAUCCUCGACACCACCUCCGCGUCGCCACUCACUACAUACAGCCCGAGCCCGGUAUCUCCCUGGGUAUCAGCACCGUUUCCCGACCCGGCCCUUCAGGCGACCUCGGCAUCGAUGGCGAUUCCUCCGCCCGCACCGCCGCUGCAACCACAGACGCACCCUCUGCGAUUUAGUGAAUAUUGUCAACUGCCAGAGUAUGUCGAGAACAACACAAGGAGGGAGCCGACGUUCCAGACGGCGACCUUCAAGAACAGCCACUUCAAUGUGGCCCACUACAAUAACCCUAAUUUCCAGCCAGAGGAGUACAAGCCCGAAGCUGAUGAUCACGACUCACCGCCGCGGGGCGGCGGACGGAAGAGGGGUAGCGUGUAA